AUGGAUUUUCUUACUGACCCGGAGCUACAGGCAAACAACAUGUAUUGCUCCCAGUACUCAGUGAACCUGCUGACCUAUGUGAUGCUCCUGGCUGCUGUGGGACAACUCCUUCUUCACAAAGUGGGGCAGACUGCAUACGGGCGACACAUGGUGCCCUUGGGUCCUACCAGGAUGGUCCCGGCCAAAUUGGCCUGGUUGUUCCUGGAGGUCCCCUCAUUCCUAGUCCCUCUGAUCCUCAUUAUGUUGUCUCACAGCGCCUCAUCCAGCCUGGGUCAAACUCUGCUCCUGGGGACCUUCUGUCUUCAUUACUUUCAACGGUCAUUUGUGUACUCCUUCUUCACCAAAGGACGACCUUGUCCAGUGGGUAUGGUCAUGGUAUCGGGUCUGUUCUCAUCAUUGAACGGAUUCCUCCAAGGCCACUACCUGCUGCACUGUGCUCAGUUUGGCGAGGAAUGGACUUCAAAUGUUUACUUUAAAACGGGAUUAGUAUUGUUCUACAUUGGGCUGGCUGUAAAUGUACACAGUGACAAUAUUCUCCGUAACCUGAGGAAACCAGGUGAAGUUGUUUACAGAAUUCCUCGAGGUGGGCUGUUUGAGUAUGUGUCUGGUGCCAACUACUUCGGGGAGAUUUUGGAGUGGUUUGGAUGUGCCCUCGCGACCUGGUCCUUGCCAAUGCUUUCAUUUGCCCUAUUUAGUCUGUGUUUUCUUGGUACAAGAGCCUACUACCAUCACAGGUUUUAUCAGGAGAAAUUCAACGACUAUCCAAUGUCUAGAAAGGCACUGAUACCAUUCAUUUUUUAA